GCCCCGAGGUCUUGUGUUGUUUUCUCAGAGGCAAGAUGGCUGCGGCGGUGGCCGGGGCCGCCCCACUGGGCAAGGGGCUGGACAUCAGCUUGGCGGCUCUGCAGAGACACGACCCUUAUAUCAGCAGUAUCGUGGACGUGGCCAGCCAGGUGGCGCUCUACACUUUCGGGCAUCGUGCCAACGAGUGGGAGAAGACUGAUGUGGAAGGAACACUGUUUGUUUACACCAGAAGAUAACAUUUCAUGUCUCUGAUGAAGUGGACUCUAGUCCACGGAAGCUUAUGCUGAAAUAAAUUUUAAGAUGCUACAAGACUCUGUUGUUUUUGCCAGUAAACUGGGAUCAGGUCUCUGAUUGUUAAAAUAUCAGCUUCACCGAAAUAUGGGUUCACCAUUAUGAAUAGGCUGAGCAUGGAAAAUCGAACAGAACCCAUAACAAAGGAUCUGGAUUUCCAGUUACAGGACCCUUUCCUGCUUUACAGAAAUGCCAGAUUGUCCAUUUAUGGAAUUUGGUUUUAUGAUAAGGAAGAAUGCCAAAGAAUUGCAGAGCUCAUGAAAAAUUUAACUCAGCAAGAACAACUGAAAGCACAGCAGGGAGCUGGCAUAGGAAUUUCCCCAGUAAGCCUGAAUUCUGGUGACAGCAAAGAAGUGGAUAUCCUGCAGAUGCUUACCAAAGCCAAAUAUGAAUAUACCAAGUGUAAGACGUGCUCAGAACCAAAACAAAUAACCAGCUCUUCUGCUAUAUAUGACAACCCCAACUUAAUCAAACCGAUCCCAGUGAAGCCCAGUGAAACUCAGCAUCAAUGUAUACCUCAACAAAUCCAGAAUAUAGACCCUGAACCACAACAUUUAUCCCUAACGACGCUCUUUGGGAAGCAAGAAAAAUCUAAUCCAUACCAGGAUACCUCAGAGAGGACCCAGAAACAGCACCAAGAAAACUUUCCCCUGAGGCAGGGUGUUGUGCGCUCUUUGUCCUAUGAGGAGCCCAACAGGCAUUCUCCCACAGCAGAGAAGCAGCUUUGUCCGGCCAUUCAGAAACUUAUGGUCCGUGGGGCAGAACUUCAUCCGGUCUCUGAACUUCCUGAGAACAGACUCUGUGAGAAUGGCAACAUCCAUUCUGUGGGAGACGUUUUCACCGGACUCUUCCAGCCUGUGGCUUCUCAUAGCUUUAGGACAUCUCAUUCAGUCCAGGAUGCGGCCAGCACCCGGAGCCUGUUGCAGCAACUGCAAGGCCAGUCAAAAAUGGAGCCCAGUGAUGCAGGGCCAGCAAAUUCAGCCGCCUCGGUCUUCAGCAGGACUCCCGCUGUCUCCUCAGUAGCCCAAGGAAGGAACGUGACACAGCCACACCUGAUGUAUUUCAAUGGCUCCCUCUCUGGCCAAGGUUUGGGGCCUCCAGCCAUCGGUAAAGAAGCGUCCAAACUUCCCGGGCAGCCGCUUCCACUCUCGGGAAACCAGCCCAACAAUUCCGGAGUAAUUUCACCACAAGAGCUUUUGAAAAAACUCCAGAUUGUGCAACAGGAGCAACAGCUGCACGUAUCCAGCCGGCCAACCUUGGCAGCUAAGUUUCCUGUGGUCCCUCAGAGCACCUCCACUCUGAAACCGUUGGAUUCCUGGAUGGACAAGGUGUCCAACACAGAAAAGCAGCCCCCUCUUUUUCAGGUGAUCUCACCGCAGCAAAUUCCUGCCACUACUGUCACUACAUCGCUACUGAUGUCCCCCAUGGUGUUUAGUCAGUCUGCCCCAGCACCUCCCAAACCAAGUGAAAGUGGAUGGCUGCCAGCGGUGAACCAGGAAGCGGCUGCUAGCUCGACUAACCUUCUCCUGCCUAUGCAGAACCCAGAGCCAUCUGUCCCAAACAGCAACCCACUGACAAAACUACAGCUACAGGAAACGCUGCUACACCUGAUCCAGAAUGACGACAAUUUCCUCAGUAUAAUCUAUGAUGCCUACCUUGUCAGUGUGAGAAAAACAGCAUUGAAAAAGCCCAUGUGAAACCAUUUUUAAUUAAAUAGACAUGAUGUCCUGGACUUGCCUUUUAAAAACAAUGAUCACAUGAAAUGGGUGGUCUUUAGCUUUCGGCAUACCUUCAAUUGAUUCUCUUUGGCAAGUACGUGCUGUACUAAGAAAUGAAAGGGUGGGAACUGAUUGUGCCUUCCGGGGGAGGGGGUGGAGUGUCACAGUGUAAAGAUUAAUUCAAAACACAGUAUAAGAAUUUUGUUACACUGGCUGUAUGCCAGCUUGCAGAAAGACUGAGAUUUUCUGUUUGGUUUCCCUUUUUGCAGUGUGUGUGUGUCUGUCUGUCUCUCUGUAAGAAGCUCCUGGGAUUUUCAGUUAGCAAAGUACUUCUGCUACUCAGCACUAUUGUACAAAGAGUGCUGGCCACAAGGUGUCAGGCUAGGACUGUUGUUUCAAAACUUGAAGCUACUGUGAAUGCUUUGGCUGGAGCCAAAGAGAUUUUCUAGAGAGUUGGAAAUGACACAGCGGAGCCAUUAAUGCCCAUGAUGUGGAUAAUCAUUCCAUAAUUAUCUCUUUCCAUAGCUACUGCAGGUUCUUCAAAAACUUACAAAACCUGUUUGACCAGAGGCAAAAUAAAUGAGUGUUUACUUCAUUGGCAGUGAAGGUUCUUUCAUCCCGCCUUCAGUUCUCUUUAAACAAAAUAUUGUCUGUCUCCAGCCUUUGGAAAGAAUAACAUUUCUCAUGUUACAUUUUUCAGAUCAUGGUAUGACACACAGGACAGUGCCAUUAUGUCUGAAAAGGUCAGGUGAGAAGGGUGAAACCAAAUGACGUGUGCAUACCAAGAAUCUAAGAGCUCUCCAUAUCUGUUCCUUCCUUGGAAGUAAAUAGAUGUCUUCCCCGUCCAUGUUUUGUAGGCGUAUACUUGCCAUUUAAAAAUGUGGGGGGCAACCCAGGUAGAGCUCAGCAGAAGUCUCUUUCAAACAAAUGGGCAUUGUUAAGAUUCCACUGAUCUCUGGAUUGUGCUCACAAUGUGCAACAUAAGCCCCACAUUCUUAGCAGUCUGCUAAAUGUGAAAGAUGUAAGAUUUUUCUCUUAAAAAAAGAACUCCUUUUGUAAGCAGAUAUUUUUCUAUUUUGUGACCAGAAUAUUCAUAGCAGGCAGCAGAUGAUAAAAUUAUAUGCUUUAGAAGAUGUAGUCCUUUUGUUUCUAGCUGUUCUUGCCUUUGAUGUAGAUGCAGGCUGGCACUGGGCCAUGAUACUUCUGUGUGCUUCUAGGAGACGGCUGCAUCAUUUUAAGUAUUUUGUUAAAACCAGCAAAAAGAAUAAAUAGUUUUCAUUUUCAGUGUGCUUUUCCAAGAGCAGAUGGACAAUGGUUUCAAUAAUCCAUUUGUAAAGAAAAUAAAAUGGAUUACACAGA